AUGACACGUGUGCCUUAUGCUUCUGCUAUAGGGAGUAUUAUGUACGCUAUGCUAUGUACAAGACCUGAUGUCGCACAUGCUCUGAGUGUCACGAGUAGAUAUCAGUCUAAUCCAGGCGAAGAGCACUGGAAGGUCGUAAAAUCAAUCCUUAAGUACUUGAGAAGAACUAAGGAUUUAUUUUUGAUCUAUGGAGGUGGGGAACUGAAACUAGAGGGUUUCACCGACUCUAGUUUUCAGUCUGAUAAAGAUGACUCCAAGUCUAUGUCAGGAUUUAUAUUCACUUUAAAUGGUGGAGCAAUUUGUUGGAAAAGUUCUAAACAAGAAACAGUUGCUGACUCCACCACAGAAGCUGAAUAUAUUGCUGCAUCAGAUGCUGCAAAAGAAGCUGUUUGGAUAAGGAAUUUCAUUCAAGAGUUGGGUGUCGUUCCUUCAGUUGUUGAUCCAGUACCUAUAUACUGUGAUAACAAUGGAGCUAUUGCGCAAGCUAAAGAACCAAGAUCUCAUCAAAGAUCCAAACACAUUAUGCGAAGAUACCACUUGAUUCGAGAAAUCAUUGGUAGAGGUGAUGUCGUUGUGGAGCGAGUUGCUUCAGCAGAAAAUGUAGCAGAUCCACUUACUAAACCGUUGUCACAAAAGGUAUUCGAAGGACAUCUUGAGAAGAUGGGUCUAAGAUACGCGGGUGAUUGGUGCUAGGGCGAGUGGGAGAUUGAAAGAGUUACACCCGGCGCACCAAUUAGAUUGGUCAUUUUUAUUUAUAUGUAAAUUCAAUCUCAUUGGAAUUUAUAUUAAUAAAGGCAUUUACUUAUCUAA